CAAGUCGACAGGAUCCCGCGCAGGCGCUGCUCGGGUUCCUCUCCCUUUCCCUCUCUCUCUGGUGCUGGCUGUUGUCGCAUACAGAGGGAGCCCCAGUGCAUCAAGAGGCAGACGAAGCUCAUUCGCCAGAACAGUCAUAUCAGCAACACAUACACAUACACACAUAUAGACAGACAUGGAGCUCCUCUGCAUGGAAAAUGCCCCUAGAAUCCAUCGAGCUUUCCCGGACCCUACCCUCCUCGCUGACCAUCGAGUCCUGCAAAACCUGCUGCACACUGAAGACAGAUACAUCCCCAGGACUUCUUAUUUCAAAUGUGUACAGAAAGAAAUCGAACCCCACAUGAGAAAAAUGGUUGCAUUUUGGAUGCUAGAGGUAUGCGAAGAGCAAAAAUGCGAAGAGGAAGUCUUUCUGUUGGCUAUGAAUUAUCUGGAUAGAUUUUUAUCUUCGGUUCCCACUCGAAAAUGUCACCUCCAGCUGCUAGGGGCAGUCUGCAUGUUCUUAGCAUCAAAACUGAAAGAGACGAUCCCCCUGACAGCUGAGAAACUCUGCAUUUACACAGACAAUUCAAUCACCCCAGAAGACCUCCUGGAUUGGGAGAUAGUUGUCCUUGGGAAACUGAAGUGGGAUCUCUCAGCCGUAACUCCAAAUGAUUUUAUUGAACAUAUCCUGGGAAAGCUGGCUUUUCCAGUGGACAAGUUGGAGCUUGUUAAGAAACACACUCAAACAUUCAUUGCCAUGUGUGCAACAGAUUUUAAUUUUGCCAUGUAUCCACCUUCGAUGAUAGCAACAGGAAGCAUUUCAGCAGCAAUCCGUGGGCUAGGCAUCCCAUGCCAUACCCUUUCAGACGAGUCUUUGACAGAGCUGCUGGCCAAGAUUACCUGCACAGAACUGGACUGCCUGAAGGCUUGCCAAGAACAGAUUGAAGCUGCCCUGGCAGAGAGCUUAAAACAGUCUCAGCAACAGCAAGAGCAAAACAUGUCCUCUAAAACUGUACAUGAACCAGACCAAAUCAGCACUCCUACAGACGUAAGGGAUGUCAACCUGUGAUCAUCCACACGCAGUUUGUGAGGAAACUGCAACUCCAUCUAAUGCUCUUUUAGUACUACUUAAUGCCAUUUGAUAGAAGAAAAGACAUUCAUUUAUCGUACAUACAAAAAAGACCCUAAUUCUGUACAUCAUGUAGGGUGAAAACACUGAAAGGCACCCUUGAAAUUACGUGAAACAUAACGGUGAUUAUCAUCUUGUGAAAUUCUUCCACCCUACAGCUGAAACCUUGAUUGUGAUUUGUUGACAAGCCAACAUGAAUAUAGCUCCAAAUUGAAAGGUUGGCAGAUUAUGAUAAAUAUUCAGGGGUCUGGUUUCUAAAUUUUAUUUUUUAGUGCCUUCCCAAAAACAUUGCUCAAAGUGUGCUAGGUACUUGUUUUUAAAGCCAUUAUUUGACUUUUAACUUAUUGGUACUAGUCAAAGUUUGAUAACAUCCAGCAUAUUUCUCUCUCCCUCUCUCUCCCUCUGAGACAAAAAGCAAAAGUUAAUGGACAAAUGAAGAUUGUCUCUAAACUGGAGUUCAUCCCUUGAUUUUUUUUUAAAAGUGCUAUUUUUAUACCUGUUGCCUGAAAGAAAAAACUUAAAACUAACAUGGACUUUCAUUUAAUGAGGCGAUCACUCAGCAUCAUAUCAUUCACUAUAUUUAAAUCAGUAUUGGUAUUUUGCUUAAUGGAGACAAUCUGAUAAAUGGGACAUUUCUAGUUUAUGUUGUAAUGACCCAUUUAACAGACUUUGACUGUUUUGCACAGUGUAGGAGAGAAUUCUAUACUAUAUAGAUUAGCACACCUUAUUUGUUCUAUAGGAAUCUCUCAUUUGGGACAUUUUGCUUGACAUUGUGAUGUACCAGUAUCAGGCUUCAAUUCUGCUUUGCACAGUGAUGUACGAGGAUCUAAUUGUAUAUAAUAUAUUUAAAAUAGGGCUGUAACAGGAAACUAGAUUUGUUUCUCCAAGUGGGCAUGAAAUUGAAAACUGAGGCAAUAGGGAUAAUGUUGGUUCAAAUUCUUUAUUCAAAAUGUUUCUGCUGGAAGUUUUGAAACUGGUGCAGCCCUUAUUUAAAAAUAUAUAUAUAUAUUAUAUAUGCUUGCACACAUGCAUAUAAAUGGAGUGCUGGUUUCUUGAUAGUAGAAUAUGUACCAACUGCUUUAUAUCUAAUGAAAUAUAUUUAGUUACCUUUACACGACAUUACAGACAUGAGAAAUGUUGGCAAAUAAACAAAGGGCAUCGGAGAGGGCUGUGAAGUCCUCGACAAUCUUUACAUACUUCUCAAAGUUUUACAGUUCAAAUAUCAUUUAAAAUCUAUUUUAAAACUUAAUUAUUGUAAAGAUUACAGUAGACUUGUCAAUACUUGUUUUGAAGCAGACCCACCCACAUUAUUAUGGUAACAUCACUUAUGCUGAGUUGUUAAAACAUUAGCUUGACAAUGGGGUGCACAUAGCCACAAUUUUUUUUCUCUGUAGAUCAAGAAUUACUCAGUGCAAUUUUUCAUCUACAGUGAUGUUCUAGGAAGUGUUAGUUGGGACAGAGAUUAUUUAGCCAUUUGCAAAUGGUAAUACCAACCUGUGUCAAGCCCUCUGAGGAGGAGAGCGGAGGAUGAAUGAGGGACAUAGGGUUGUAUAUUGCAGAUGAAUUGAUGAAAUUUGUUGAACCGCACCCUCAAGAAUUGCCUGCAUUCUAGUAAGCAAACAAAGCUACGAUGCCGCAUCAUGAAAAGAACAAACUCUGUGAAGCCUCACUUGCUUAAUGAGUAGACAUGGGUUAGCUCAGAGUUAAUAAUGUACUUGAAUAUUCCUGUAGAUAAACGCACUAAAUAGUGUAGGCGCAGUUGCAGCGUAGUGGCCAAAGGGUGUGUAGCAGCUAAUUACCUGCAGUUCAGCUUUGAGUGAUUUCUACCUUGUAUAAAUAUGUCAAGUGAAAGGACAAGUACUGGUCAGCGCAAGUCACAUCAAGCCAUUCCUGAUGAAAUUCCCCUCCUCAUUUUUGGAGGCAGUUGUAUGCUUUGCGUAUUUAGCCGUUUGCAGGAGAUUAUUGAUGAGCAGGAGUGGGAUGCAGUUCCACUGUACAUUGUUUAUAGAUAAUUAUUUCAAUUUGUAUAUUAAAGCUAAUUUGCAUUUCCGAUCAUCAGAAGUACAGUACAUAAAAUUAAUUUAGAUGUGCGCAUGUAUGUGUGUAGCAGUAUGAAAAAACACAAAUCUAAUAGGCCAGGAUCAGUUGCUCAAGAAUAGAGUCCCCUUGAGACAAAAAUCUUUGGAUUGUUUUUCGUGACUGGUUACGUUUGUGGAGCCGAUAGUAGUAUCAUAGAAUUUGGCAGCUAAAGGAGGCAGCCAUUAGCCCAACAAUUUGCAUUUAUAUGUAACCCCUUGGACAGAAAAAUAUCCAAAAUCAAUUCACAUAAGUACAAGGUAAAAUUGGGUUUGUGUAGCCUGCAGAAGAGCUGCCUGCCAUUUCCUUAAGUUUUUCUUCAAAUGAUUACCUAAAUUGCUAUUCAAAAUGUACUGAUUCUGUUUCCAUUAUAUAUUUUUUGUUGGUAGAAUUCUAAACAAACUUCUACAAAAGAAAUCCUAACCUUUUCUAUUUUGGAAACUAAGCUUUUAGCUUCUGCCCCCUUACUGACUGAGCAACUAGUGAAAAUGUUUUUGUUUUAUUGAACAACCUCCAGAUUUGACCUUCGUAGCUAUCCUUUUAACAAGCUUUUUUACUGUAGGGAUCCCAGAAUGGACGCAGUAUACACCAAGGAAGUUGUGUGCCUUGAUGUUCUUAAGUGAUAUGAGACAGUGAUGAGCAAGUUUGGCAUUUUUUAGUUUCAUCUGAUCUUUUCUGCGCUAGUUUUAAGCAAUGCCUUUGAGGUUUCUGGCCAUUACCUACUGUAGUAUCUUAUCUGGAGGUAUAGUUUGACAAUGCUGAACUCUACUUUAGAAAGCAUAUGAUGCUUGGAUAAAAUGUUCCAGACUCAACAAAACAUUUAAGUGUUUGUUAGUCAUUGAUCACAGUAAUGAUUUAUAUUUAAUGAUUUGGUAUCUUUUAUUUUUCCUAAUUCUGCUUUGUAAUUACACAUUCUUUGUUUGCUCAAUUAGUAAAAGUUCUUGUUUGCCAAUUUUUAAUUGUGAGCGCUGCAAUAUUUGCUCAUCAUGUAGGUGAUCCAUAGUUUCCCAAAGAACAACAGAGGUUUUAACAGGAGAAUUGAAGUACCUUCUUGCUUUUGUCGUGCAUACAGCCAGAUAUUAACUGAGAGUUUAAGGGCCUGUGUUACCAUGGAAAAUUAUCUUUCAGCAGAAACUAGAUUGUGUGAAAUUGCUUAUACUAACAUUUAAUCCACUUGAUUCUUAAUUGUAUCCCUUUAACUCCUUCAUCCUCCACAUUCCAAACAAUUAUUCAAAGAGCAGGCAAAGUAGGAUGUUGUAUCUCUUCUGAAUUAUACUUGUACAAUGUCUGAAUAUUUCCUCCUGCUACAAGCUGCAUGUAAGGAUGGAUUUUUAUUUCUAUCCUACUGAUAUUCCUGUUUUACAUGAAACUUUUGCUUUUGAAAAAAGGUGCAGUCCCUUUUUAAAGGAACUAUAUGCGAUAAACUUAAAAAUUAAUGUUGCCUCCCUCCUCUGUAGGUGCCAUUUUUAUUAGAUAAUUGUUUCAAAUGGGUUGUGCACCUGCUGCGGUGACAGCCAAGAUGAUGAGCCUGUCAUUUCUUAUCCUGUUGCAUGCUGCUUCAGAAAUUGUUUUGGAUCCAAGUUGAAUGGAAAAGAUGGUGUAUUCUCUCCAUGGCAGAGACGGUAAAGUUGCAGCCCUACAUCGGCUACAUGGCAGCUCGUUUUAAGUUGUUGAGCUAUGUUCAAAUAACCUGUGAUUGGAAAUAUUAGAUUUGUCAGCUUGUCACCAUUAAGAUGCUACUUUUAACCAGUGCAAUCUAUUGCUUGCCUGGUUUCUGUAUUUGGGUAGUACAGUGUGUGAUUUUGAAUGUGCUUGUGGCACUGGAACCUUUCCCCCCUGACACCCGUCUCUGCUCAAUGUGUACUCAAAAAUGUAAUGUUGGCAAACUGUCUCAGAAGCAGUAGUGCAUUUUAAUCCGUCUGUUCUGUGAAGAUUGCGUAUGUUCUGGGUGGGGGGGCGGGCGGAGUUAAUCGCUCAUAUUUUGAUAGCUUUGACUGGUGUCAAAUGCUAUCAAUUCUAGAUAGAUUGAUCAAACAACAGUCCAGGUCUGCUGAGUGACCUAAGUUUUCUGAUUUACAGUAAAAACGUUAGCAAAUUAGACAGCAAUGUGGAAGCUCUUCAGUAAUUUUCAGACAUUUUAGCCGUUAUCUGGUUAAUUUCUCAAGGCAAUUGACCAGUCAGUUGCCCUGUUGGUUUGAAAUUUAAACAUAACUAGGCAGUUAGCUGCCAGUCAUCAUCUGACUGGUACAUUCUCUGUGACAAUGCCUCUACUGAUCAGGAGUCCACUUGCCAACCAGUCAGCACUUUGCUACAACAUAAAUGCCAUUUUACCUUAAUGUUAAUUUCUUUUAAUUACCCUGAUCAGUGCAAAAUGAAAAGGUUCAACAAAGCUUUGUUUUUCCUCAGCAAUGCUGAAAUAUUUGUGCCAUACCAAACUUGUCAGACACAAAUGAUGAAAUGCAAAGGGGACAAAGCUGAUGGUUUCACAAUUUCUGAGGCCCAUGCAUUUUCAAUUUUUAAAAAAAAAGUCAUGUAUUUCUUCAUUUUUUUCUUUUCAAUUUUGGAGCACUUUUAUUAUGUUAUCUUUACUAUUGCAUACGUAGUGUAUUGUUCUGUUUGUGAAGUGGGUUGUUGACAUCAAAAAAAAACUUGAAGCUGAUUUUAAAAAGUGGUAAUUUAAGGAAUACUAUCAAAAUUCAGCAACUAAAGCAAUCUCUGGCUCAUGACAUUGGAACCUGUGACCUUGCCUGCAGGAGGCCAAGUUUGAACAAUCUGAACAAGUUUAACAGAAUAAGAUUUUUUUUUCCUUUUUUUUUGCGCUGCUAAAAGGGCCAAUGUUUUACAUUUUUUAGUUGUUGUUAAUAAAUCUUGCUGCUAUGAUUAUUUUAUAUACAGGAUUGUACAAACAGCUGAAAGUAUCUGUUGGUUCAAGAGACAGUGAAAUGUCUAUCUUGGUCUCUCAAGGAUAUAGUUUAAACCUAUUAAAAUUGCCAUACUUAAAUUAUCAAACCUGUUGUGUUUUCAAAAUGAUGUUGAAUGCUGCAGUAGUUUUCAGAAGAGGAAGAUCAGUAGUGUCUGUACAGUAAGACCUUGAGGUAGAUCUAUAAUUAUCUUUGGUGUUCUCAAUAUGGUAAAUGUUGAUAUAACUCCCACAUUCAUUAAUUAUUGGUGAGAGGGCAUAUGGUCUGUAUUGAACACAGUUUCUGAUGUGCUGUUCCUUGCAUAUGUUUGAAGGUCCGAGAUCAACUAGAACUAGUCCAGUUGGUUAUGUAUCGUUGUCUUAGGUGAUUUUUUUAGAAGUCACAACUUUUGUUUUGCUGCUUAUGUUAAAAACACAAAAGUGGAAUGGAAUUAUAUAAGAAUAUUAAUUCAAAUACUUAUGUAAAUUUGACUUCAUGCAGUUGCCUUUGCUAUCUGCAGAUGUUCCACUUACAGUAUCUCAGGUUACUAAACAGUCUCUAUGGUACCCCACCUGCUCUUUGCAAGUUUUUAAAGAUCACAAUUACAUAAUGCUGUAAAUCUUGUCUAAAGCCCUUUCUUGGGACAGGAAUCGGCGCAGGUGUUUUCUUGGUAAGAUAAGGAAUAUGACUAACGGUUUGUGGGCAUCUGUUUGGUAGAGUGUUUUUCCACAUUUGGAGCCACCAGUUUCAUUAUGCAGGUACGCUUUAAUGUUAAAAUUUUUGUGAACUAUCAAAAAUAUCCUGAACAUAUUACAGCAAGCUUUGCAGAUGGUUUCUUUUAAGACUGUAUAGAGUGAAUUCCUACCACAGCAUAAAAAGUGUCGUCGUGUAAGUUUAGGGAAGAUUACAAUGCUUUGUAAGUGAAAACAGAUUGAAAGAUAACAGGUCCAAAAAUGACACCACCUUAACCAAAGUUCUUAGCAAAUGGUUGGAUGGUUCUUGAAGCUGGAAUUGUGUGUUUAGAAGUAACGUUCUCAUACCAUUUCACUGACUCUUAGAUAAACCAAAAGCUUUGAUCAAUUGCUGUGGAAUGACAAUUGUUCAGAAUUAAUUUAUAUAACUCUGACUUGUGUUUCUGAACAUUGAGAAAAUAAAUGUUAGUGAUUUGAACUUUUGGUUUUUGAAAAUACUUAAAAGUCCACUAUAAUGUUUUCCAUGGAUGCUUGCAUCAUGUGUCUGUAAGUUGUUGUGCAUUAUGUAGGUAAAACGUCCAGUUGAUAAACCCUUCGUUGGUGGAACUGAACAAAGUUAGUCGAGGGUUAAGGUACUGGUGGCAAUAGGGUUAUUUUAAUGGUUUGCUUCUGCCAUAUUUCCCGCUGUGGGGAAAAAUGACUAGCAUUCCUGUUCUCACUUGCUCCUGCUGAGAAAUGCCACAUGCAUUGGGUUGGGUGAGAAUAGAAUUGAGCUCAGCUGUGGCAUCCUUCCCUUCAUUAAAUACUUUGCUAACACUUGUUGCCAAAUUGUGUAAAUAAAAGGAUACAUAGUUGGAUAAGGCAUAAGAAGGUGGUUGAUACUUGUGGAAACCUGGUCGUAUGAGAGUCAAUGGUAUAAAAUUGAGGGUGGGAUUAGAUUAAGUCUUAAUGAAUAUUCCCUUAUUUUUGUUAUCACUUUGUCAUCCAAUGAGCCACCUUUAAAAUUUGAGUUGUUUUAGUUGAGUAGUAACUGUGUAACUGAAAUGAAACCUGAAUAAUCAUCCAGUUUACAAUAUACUACCAAAAGAGGACACUGCAUGUGCUGUGCUUACAUUAAGUAGUAUCUGGCAUAUUUUAUGAUUUCGGUGUGUAAGCAUCAUCGCAUUUCGUAAUAUUUUUGCUAUUUUUAACAGUACAUUAUCUGAUUAGCAUUAAGAAGUCUGUUUUGGGUAUACAUAGCAGAAUAUUUUGAGUCAUGUCAUUAAAUACUAUGGUCUAAUUCUUUAUCACAGUACCAUGCAAGAAUAAAUUACUUUUUUUUUUCCACUGCUUGUCAAAACUUGAAAGCACAAGAAGCAGUGUGCCAAAAUGGUUUUACAAGUUGUGACAAAAGGAAAUUAUACAAUAGUUAACAGGAGGACGAUAAUAAUUGUAGCUUCAAGUUAUGGCAGUGAGUGCUUGAAAGUAGUUACGCCUGGAAUUUAAUCUGCCUAUUGUGUAUUCUUGAAUAUAAAGCUGGAAAUUCAUUUCCCUCUUUAUGAUGUGACCAAUAGGGAUGGUCAUCUUAUCUGUGGGUUGUAUCUACCUUUUAGCUUCAGCGGAAUGCGUCUGAAGACCAAAUGCAGCACCAUACCAAUGCCUCCCUAAUCGUAGGCCUUGUCUACCCUUUGUUUGGCUGGCUUUCCCAGCACUGAGGCAUUUCACUCAUGACUUAACCGCUUAAUCCAAGAUGGCAACAAAAGUGGUAUUGUUGAAGCAGGAGACAAAUUUACAGCUUGUGAGAGUCUUUCCAAUAAAAUUCCAGAGCUACAGAAUUGAAGCAAUAACUUAAGAGAAAGGACAGAAACAUAUUUGUGGACACCAGACAAAAAAGUAUGAAUUUUGGUGCAGAGACAUUUUGUGAUACAAGGAAGUUGGAGUUUUAUAGUGUUUUUGUUUGUGUAUUGACUUAUUCUCCAAGUAUACGUGGCCAUCCUAAUGUAAAUGCCUUAAAUGUGUUAUUAUCACUGCAGUAACUUCCUCUCCUUUGUAAUCUUAAACACUUAUUACAAUCACAUGUAAGUCUAGAAAGCUACAGCAAAAAACAUGAUGAAUUUAAGUAAGUUGCAAUUAAAGUCUGACAGUGGCUGUCCAACCAGUACAGGAGUUAAAAGAAUGCAUGUAUCAGUUCUGUCUGCCUAGGGCAGCUUAGAUGAGUUUAAUUAAUAUACCACCAAGCUGUUAGGUGGACGUAUGGCAGACCACAGAUACAACCCAAACAACCUGCUACAAGAGAGCCUCCUUUAGCAGAUCAUAGACUAACUUCUGCAACAAUAAUAAAGCAACUUAACCAGAAUCACCAGAUUUAUCAUCUUGACUAAAGGAGGGUUUCUGUAUGUAGCAGGACUGGGGCAAGCUAGAGCAGAAACAAAGUGUGAAUAUUUGAAAUUUUCUUCUUUUAAAAUAGUUUAAUUAUUACUUAAGAUUAUCUAUGGGAAAAUAUACUCAGUAACUUUAUGCAGGACUGAAGCAUUAAUAUUACAUUGACAGUGCCAGCCAACUGCAUGAUCAGGGCCUCUGCAUUCAGCAGAGAAAAAAAAUGGUCUGCUGCAUUAAGCGAAAUUUGACUAGAUUUGGUUGUAAUGCCCAUAGUAAAUUGCCUCCUGACAGGAGCAUUUUUAAUCGUACAUUCCAUAAGUUGUGAAGUAGGCAGACUAUCCCAUGACAUUAGCCAAUGAGCUGGGUUUUUUUGGUUGAGAAGGCAGGAAGGCAACUGUUCCCUCAGCCAACCAGCAGUUUGGCUCUGCAAAUUCCAGUGCAAGGAGUCCAUUGUUAGACCCAUCUGAAAGUUUUCUUGUCAACCCACAGCAACUGCUGAUCCCACCCUCAGAUAUUAAUUUGAUUGGCUGCUUAUCUGGCAAGGAGUAGGGUGGGGACAGUUAAAAUUACACCACCACAGGCACUCUGGGCUUUUAACAUGAAAUGUACACACUUCACGGAGAUAGAAUUCUAUUAAAAUCUCCUUCAAGAUCAUCUUGUUCUCUGCUCUGAUGAUGGUUUCUAAUAUAUACUGUAUCUAACCUGAGAAGAGGUUAGGCGCAGUUCUCCGCAUAAGCGUUAAGCAAUGGAAAGAAUAAAUAUUCUGGGGUACCAUUAAAAAAUUGCUGAAUCUAUAUUGCAAAAUUGUUGAUUUUAAGUCCUGUGUUGCAGCAGUGUCAUUUCAAACACAAGAUGUAGUUUAAUUCUAAUUGCCAUUUGCCACCCUGAAUGAGAAACGCAUUGUGUGCUGGGGGUUUGACGGGCCAUUAUGUUAUUGUCUCAAAAUUUUGAUUUAUGUAUGUGUUUAGACUUUGUUCUUCGCUGUGAAAGUUUUGUUUUAGACCUGUUGCCUCCAAGUACAGCAACGCUUUUGUGAACAUUUCAUUCUUGUGGCACUUUGAACAAUGCAAUGAAUAAGAAACAAUGUAUUUUCCCAGUGAAUUGGGGCUCCAUAAUUGUUCAUUAGUCAAAUGUUUGUUGCCGAACUAUCUGAAGUGACAGCUUUAUCUAACCUGGGUAUUGAGCAGUGUGAGGCCUUUCUUCUUAAGUAAGUAGUUUAAUGAAGGUCAUUGAAGUGCCAAAUGGCUUGAAAUGCUUCCUCCUAUUGCUGAUUUAGCAAUGGAAACAUUUCAGGAGGUAAAGCAGAAUUGAGAGAGGCUAUCAAAUUCGUCAGACUAUAGAGAACGCAUUGGGUAUGAACUCUUUAAUUGCUAAUUCUCCCUCGUGUUUAUAGCAAUGGUGUGUGAUAAAGAUCUUAACUCUGUUUUUAAUUUUUCAUUCAUUUAGUUUUAUGUUUGAUUUAAUUUUUGACACUGUCAUGGUUAUAAUGCUUCAGUCCUUUAUUCAUAUUUUGUCACCUAUACUCAAAUGAAAAAAUGUAUUUUUUGUUCAUUAUCGAAUGCUUUAGGUUUUUAUGAAUACCACAUCUUUGAGUAAGAUUUUGCUUUGUUCUCUUCACAGUGUUAUCUUCAUAACUAGAUUUUUUAAUUACCAAAAAUCUGGUUGCUGAUUGGGUAUGCAAAUCAAAACGAAAUCUGCAGAGAGGAAAAAGAUUUUUUGACUUAGAGGCCUGUUGCUAUUUUUGAUGUUGUAGUGUCCCAAUUUGGUUACAUCAGAGCCCUUUCUUAAGUUGUUCGGCUUGGCUGCAUCACAGAUAAGGGUGUUAAGCCAUCAGUUUCACAAUUCUUUCUCUGCAGUAGUCCCCCUAGGUUGUGGACAUGUAUGCAAAAUUUCUGUUUCUGCACAAAUGUGCGUGUUAAAUCCUUUCCAAGACUAGAAUCUAGUUAACAUUCCCAUCUCACCACCUAAAGUCUGGAAACUACCAAGUGAUUUUGCCAAAAUGCUUAUUGCACUCCUGUGAAAUAACUCUUCCUACUGAAGAAAUCAAUUUUAUUUUAAAUGUAACAUUCAUACAAUAUCCUCUUGUUAAUUUCAAUUUGAAAUUUUCUCCUGUUACCAGAGGUAAUGGGUAUAUUUUGAAGAGUUGGCGUUUAUUUGGCUUUCAACUAACAUUGAUAAACCUAAAGAUGUAAUCAAAGCUCGAGCAAAAUACUGUGAAGAGUUGAAUAUGUGCUCAUGUCCCUAGUUGACUGCAUGAUUCCAAUGUAUGAUCUUUUUGAGACAUAGGCAGUGGCGCUGAACAAUAAAUGCAGUUUUUCCAAA